UUUCCUCAUUCCUUCUCGAGAAUCCUUAUCUUCAUCAAUCACGCGAUACAUCUCCCCCUCUCCCAUUCAUUUUCUAUUAAAUCAAACUAAUCUCUCAUUGUUACACUCAUAUAACAAUCAUGGAUCCCAAAAACUACGGUAGCAACGGUAAAAUCAUGCUCUCUUCGAUCGUAAUCUUUGUCAGCGUCAUCAUCGUCAUGUUUUGCUUCCACUAUUGCUUCAGACGCUUCUCACCCCGUGGCCGCCGCCACCAGGAAAGACAAAUUCGACUACAACAACUGGCCCACCAUCUUGUGUUCGCCUCCGAGAACAACUUCACUGCCGCGGCCCACGGCUCGGAAAACCAGGGGCUUGAACUCCGUGUGCUCAAAUCGAUCCCUGUUUUUACUUACGACUCGAAAAUGGGAAACCCACCUCCAGAAUGUGCGGUGUGUUUGUCGGAAUUCGAAGAUGACGAGAGAGGGCGAUUGUUGCCCAAGUGUGGCCACAUAUUUCACAACGACUGCAUCGAGAUGUGGUUCCAAUCUCACUCUAAUUGCCCACUCUGCAGGUCCCCUGUUCAACUCCAUAUUCCGGAACCAGCCAAAUCGGACGUUGAAACGGGUGGGUCAGGAUCCGAUCCGGAUAUUGAAAGUGGAGUAAGUGAGACGGGUCGGCCUCUUUCUUCAUCACGGAGGAACAUGUCGGCGCGUUGCCUGAGAGAGCUGGAAGAUAUAGUCGUGGAGGUGGAAAGGAGAGGGCAGAGUGUAAGGGGUUUGAGCUCAGCAGGGGAUGCGGACCUGUCCGAGAAUUCGGGGUAAUCGGGUUUUGACAUUGAAGACGAUUUCGAGCAAGGCCCGGUUGCAUGUCGUGCAAUUGUAACAUGAAUUUUAUUAUGUAAUCAGAAUACCAAGUUUUGAUAGGUAUUUUGAUUAAAAAUUUGAUAAU